CAGCCCUCGUUAUUCUUCCCAUCACGUUUCCUCGUGCUGUUGUGUUUGUGAUUCCAUUGCCGGGUUGUCAGGAUGUCCAACAUCACCAGAACCGCCAACCUUCUGCUGCGCACCAGCCGGUCCUCGCUGCUCCGGCCGCGUGCUGCUAACCCGGUCCACCAUGUUUUCACCAAGGACCGACUGGUCGCCCGUGGAAUGGCAACCGCCUUCGAGCGUACCAAGCCUCACGUUAACAUUGGUACCAUUGGUCACGUCGACCACGGAAAGACUACCUUGACCGCCGCUAUUACCAAGUACCAGGCCUCGAAGGGUCUUGCCAACUUCCUCGAGUAUGGUGCCAUUGACAAGGCCCCUGAGGAGCGCAAGCGUGGUAUCACCAUCUCCACCGCUCACAUCGAGUUCUCGACCAACGACCGUCACUAUGCCCACGUCGACUGCCCCGGUCACGCCGAUUACAUUAAGAACAUGAUUACUGGUGCUGCCAACAUGGAUGGUGCCAUUGUUGUCGUUGCUGCUUCGGAUGGUCAGAUGCCUCAGACCCGUGAGCACUUGCUGCUUGCCCGUCAGGUCGGUGUUCAGAAGAUCGUCGUGUUCGUUAACAAGGUCGACGCCGUCGAGGACCCCGAGAUGUUGGAGCUCGUCGAGCUGGAGAUGCGUGAGCUUCUCAGCGGCUACGGAUUCGAGGGUGAAGAGACCCCCAUCAUCUUCGGAUCUGCCCUCUGUGCUCUCGAGGGCCGCCGUCCUGAAAUUGGUACCGAGCGGAUCGACCAGCUUCUCGAUUCUGUUGACACCUGGAUCCCCACUCCUCAGCGUGACCUUGACAAGCCUUUCUUGAUGUCCGUCGAGGAAGUCUUCUCUAUUCCCGGUCGUGGUACUGUCGCCUCUGGCCGUGUCGAGCGUGGUCAGCUGAAGCGUGACCAGGAAGUCGAGAUCGUCGGUGCAUCUGCCACCCCCAUCAAGACCAAGGUCACCGACAUUGAGACCUUCAAGAAGACCUGCAACGAGUCCCGUGCUGGUGACAACUCUGGUCUCCUUCUCCGUGGUAUCCGCCGUGAGGAUGUCCGCCGUGGUAUGGUCAUUGCCGCUCCCGCUAGCACCAAGGCCAACGACAAGUUCUUGGUCUCCAUGUAUGUCCUGACCGAGGCCGAGGGUGGCCGUCGUACUGGAUUCGGCGCCAACUACCGUCCCCAGCUCUUCCUCCGUACUGCCGACGAGGCUGCCGACCUGAGCUUCCCCGGUGAGGACCAGUCCGGGCGAGUCAUGCCUGGUGACAACGUCGAGAUGGUCCUUAAGACUCACCGUCCCGUUGCUGCUGAGGCUGGUCAGCGCUUCAACAUCCGUGAGGGUGGCCGCACUGUUGCCACUGGUCUGAUCACCCGUAUCGUGGAGAAAUAAACAGCCACGCCGUGAUACCUUGGAGUUGGCUGGUCUUUCUUUUUAUUACGAUUAAAAAUAUACCUCCGUUUUUCAGUUUGUUGACGCCUUCUUGCAACGCGGGAAUCCGGGGGAGCGUGAUGCACCGGAGUUCAGUGAAUUAUGUCCAUG